AUGGUGUGGAGGGAGAACGACACGCUUAACCUUCUCCAAUCCUUGUAUAAAUACGCUGAGAACAAGCGUGCUGAUCCAGUUGCUGCAACUGCAGACAUGAGUAGUUUUUAUAACUCAUUCAAGAAAACUUUUCACUGCAAAGUUACGAGACUUCAGGUGGCCGAUAAAGUGAGAAAACUGAAGAAAAAGUUUAAGGAUAAUCUUGAAAAGAAAGGGAAAACUUUUUCUUUUUCCAACCUCCACGAGAAAAAUUUGUAUAAACUAUCUAAAAGUAUAUGGGGAUUGCGAAAGGAUUCGCGUGAAACCAAAUGCGUGGUUAAUAAGAAGUUGAAGUUUGAUUUUGAGGGUCAUGGUAUGGAGGCAUUUGUGAAAAAGCGUGGACUGAGUUUGAGUAGCUUUAAAGACACUAAGAAAAAAAUGUCUUUGAAGGAAAAGUGGAAUGAGUUUAAAUUUUCUGAAUUGGAGACAACCCGCAGGCAGGCUGCAUUAGAACGAGAGCUCUACGAAUUGGCAUUGGAUGAAUUGCCCUCGGGUUCUCUUUAA